UCACCGCCCUUCUCUAUCAAUGUCCAUGGCUUCUCAAACCCUAAGACAACGUCCGAAAGAUAAUAAUGGGCCAGAUAUCCCCUCCGACGCCCAGCCUGUCAAAGACAAUAGGGCCCAGAAGCUAGCCAUGGCCCGCAAAGGCCUCCGCUCCCUCAUCGUCGCCAUCGCCGUUCCGCUGGCCCUAACAGGCCUCUCGGCCCACUUAUCCGGCUCCUCGGUAACGGGUCUUGGAACUAAGCCCACGUGGCGCCCCCCAGUCUGGGCCUUCCAUCUGGCAUCGGCGUCCACCGCGAGCUUGAUGGGCCUUUCGGCCUGGUUGGUUUGGGCCGAGGGGGCCUUUCAUCGGCAACCGGCAAUUUUGGGCCUUUAUUUGGUCCAAUUGUUUUUGGGCCUUUUGUGGUCCCCGCUGGUUUUUGGGCUUGGGGCUGUUAGGAUAGGGCUUGGGCUUUGUGUGGGCCUUUUUGGGGUUAUGUUUAUGUGUGCUCAGUGUUUUAGGAAGGUGAAUCCGAUAGCGGGGGAUAUGGUCAAGCCUUGUUUGGCUUGGGUUUCCUUUUUGGCAGUGUUUAAUUAUAAGCUUGUUGUUUGAUCGUAAAAAAGCAAAAAAAAAAAAGUUUGUGUUUUGGGGUUGUUUGUAUACAUAGUUUUAUAGUUUUUGUUUUUUUUUUUUGGUCGUGAGAUUUCGAUGUAAUAGUAAGGUUGAUUUGUUUUGAUAGUUAAAAUUACGUGUGAUUUUGU